GCCUCUCUACUGAUCAAGUAAUUGAACGCUAUCAUUUGUCUUAUGUUCGAAAACUUCUGGUUAAGAAUCUUGAACUAGUCUUCCCAAACAGCUGCUCAAUGCAACUACAUAAUUGAAGAUUUUGCUGACUGCGUGAUAAAAACACGACACCAAAAAAAACUAAAAGCCAAAUAUUAUCUGGAAAAUCUAGAAAAAAUCAUAAAGAUUAUGAGUUCGAAACUAACAGCUUUGGAGUUGGAAGACUAUCGCGAGGUGUUUAAUGACUUUGACGCUGACGGAUCAGGCCAGGUCUCAAAUGAGGAGUUGAGGAAGAUGUUCCAGUCUUUGGGCCAGGAGGUCACCCAGAAAGAAGUGAAGGAACUGGUGGCAGAAGUGGACAAAGACGGCAAUGGGGAAGUGGACUUCGACGAGUUCUGUGAGAUGAUGACCAAGAAGACGGCAGAGCAGGGUGAGGUGGACAUCGAGACAGAACUGAAAGACGUGUUCAAACUAUUUGACAGGAACAACCAGGGCUACAUCUCAUUCGGCGAUCUGAAAAAGUGUCUGCAAAUGCUCUCAAUUAACUUGCCAGAUGACAAGAUCCAGAACAUGAUGAGGGAGGCGUCUUCCGGUCAGGAUGGGAGAGUGUAUUAUGACGACUUUCGAUACAUGUACUUCUGCUAUCCUGACAAGAUAGAAAAAAGAGAUUUUAUUGAAAUGGCGAAGAGAAAUCUGACUAAAUUGGAGACGGAGGAGAUGAGAGAAGUGUUCGAUGACUUCGACACUGACGGCUCAGGCACCGUGAACAUCGCUGAGUUGCGUGACAUGUUGGAACUUCUGGGUCAGAAGGUGACAGAGAGUGAACUGAAGAAGAUGAUGGGGGAGGUGGAUGUAGAUGGAAGUGGGGAGGUGACAUUCGAGGAGUUCUGCGACAUGAUGGCCCAGAAACAGACUGAGGGGGGCAAUGUGGACAUCGAGACUGAACUGAGGGAUGUGUUUCGCAUGUUCGACAAGAAGGACCAGGGAUACAUAACCUACAGUGACCUGAAGCAGAUUCUGAAGAUGUUGUCAAUCAGCUUGCCAGAUGAGAAGAUCCAGAACAUGAUGGCGGAGGCCUCCUCUGGCGGAGACAACCGCGUCUACUUCGACGACUUCCGAUACAUGUACUUCUGCUAACACCUCUUUUCUCACACUCACUGUGUCAGACUCCUUCACUGAGAACUGGUGAACUAGUUCUACUAAUCGCUUGUAGUUAAUUUACGUUAAUUUUCUCUC